AUGGGCAGGUUGAAUAUGACAACUACAGUUGUUCCUACAGUUCUUAACUAUAAGAAUUAUGAGGAUUGGAGUUUUCGGAUGACGACCUACUUUAAGUCCGAAGAUCUUUGGGGCAUCGUCAAAGGCACCGUUAAUAAACCUCAUGGAGGAGAAGGACGUAAGGCUUGGAAGAAGAAGGAUGCCAAGGCCUUAUAUGCAAUCCAAAAUUCUUGCAGGGAUGAUACUUAUGAACUUAUCAAGGACGACACCACGGCCAAAGAAGCAUGGGAUGCUUUGUCAAAUAUGUUGGGUGAACCAUUUAACAAAAAAGUAUACACGUUCGUUGGUGAAGCGUAUUCAACUUCGACUCUGAUUGAUGAUGAUACUACGCCAGAGGCUUCAUUGGAAGAAGGGCGCACAGAAGGAGCAGGACAUGAUGAGAUCCAAGCAACUUUCGUGAAAUAUGUCAAGUCUAAUGAUUGGGAUAUUGCCAUCGACUUUCUUCGCCAACAUCCCCAGGCAGCAAGUGCAAGACCUUCUUUGGGUGGUACGGCUCUUCACUACGCAAUCAUGCAGAAGUGCAGCGUGCGCAUUAUACAACAGUUGGUGGAGUUAAUGGCAAUGGAACACUUGGAAAUACAAGACGAUUGCGAUUACACAGCUCUUUAUAUUUUGAUAUUCCUGUUUCCAGAAAGGGUUGAACUAGCUGAAUGCAUGGUUAAAAAGAACCCCAAUUUACUUACUAUUUUUCCGCGUAAGUAUAGGGAGGAGGCUCCAGUUGUGAUGGCCCAAAGGGACGCAAAAGGAGAUGGAACGGCUCGCUAUCUCUAUUCCCUUACUCCACCCGAAACGAUAAGAGUUAUUGAUGCCGCUCAACUUAUUUCUGACGGUUUUCGUCUUCAAAGAUUUGAUAUUGUGUGGGAUUUGAUUCAACGUUUUCCAAGAUUGGCCUUAGCUAUAGACCACAAAGAGAAUAUGCCCUUAGCAACAUUGGCCAGUAACCGUUUUGCAUUCAAAAGCGGAAGGCCGCUCAGUUUAUGGGAAAACUUGAUCUAUUAUGCUAUACGCAUAAAACCCCUUCCUCUCAUCAACAAGGAAAAACAUGAAAGUGUGCAGAGUGAUCAGAGUCAUCAUCUCGUUUCCUCAGGAAUGGGUUUAUUCCAAAGGCUAGUGGCGAAUCUCCAAAAAAUUUUGGGAAUCAAUCGUAUAUACCAGAUGAAAUUGGUGCAUGAGCGGGUCCAACAGUUUUUACCUCUCAUGUGCAAAGCAGUGAGGAAAGAAGAUAUGAAUUAUUAUCAAGAAAGGAAAUUAGAAGAAGCACUGUGCGUGGCAACAGAACGAGGGCAUGUGGAGUAUAUUACUCAUUUUUUUAGAUAUUCCUCAUAUCCCGUACUUGAAGUUAGGAACCAAAAAAUUCAGAGCCUAUUCCAAAUUGCCGCUGAAUGUCGUCACUACAAUGUUUAUAAUAUUAUAUGUGAGUUUCUCCGAAGACCAGAUAAAGAUGGCCUUAAUAAAUCCGAAUCUGGCCUUCAUUCUGAUGAACUAAAAGAAGAAGUGGAGAAUGUAGAUAACCUCGGCAAUAACUUGCUACAUACGGUAGCAAUGAUUACUCCAUCGUCACAAAUUGAUCACAUUCAAGGUGCAACUUUGCAAAUGCAAAGAGAACUACAAUGGUUCAAGGAGGUGGAGAGUAUUGCAGAACCCAAGGAUUGUGAAUCUGUAAACAAAGAUAAUAUGACACCACGAAAAGUAUUCAAGGAGAAUCACAAAGAAUUGGGGAAAGAGGCAGAAAAGUCAAUGAAGGAAACAGCAACUGCUUGUACAGUUGUAGGUGCUCUUAUUAUCACCAUAAUGUUUGCUGCAGCAUUCACAGUUCCUGAUGCAAAUGAUAAGAAUGAUGAAAAGACAGAUCUUCCUACAUUCUUAACUAAUAAGGUAUUCACAACUUUUAUAGUUUCAGAUGCAAUCUCGCUCUUUACUUCAACAACCUCAGUUAUCAUGUUUUUGGGCAUUCUCACAUCACGUUAUUCUGAAGAUGAUUUUUACAAAUCCUUGCCCACAAAAAUGAUAAUUGGCCUUUUCAGCCUCUUUUUAUCUUUCGCUACCAUGAUGAUUGUCUUUUCUUGUGGCCUUUACAUUAUGCUUGAAGGGAAAUCAUCAAUUGUUAUUCCAAGCAUUUUGCUUGCUAGUGUUCCAGUUGCCUCAUUCAUAUGGAUGCAAUUUCCAUUUCUUCUUGAGUUAUCCAUUUCUACUUUUGGACAGGGAGUAUUUGAUAGGAAGCAGAAAAAUUUGUUUUGAAUUCCUAUGUUAUCCUUAGUUGGGUUUGGAUUUGCUACUUUUUAAGAAGCUUGUACAUAGAAGCCAAUAUAUGUGCUUUUUAUUUGGCCAAUUAUGUAUUUGCUUUCUAUUUGACAAUUAUGUAUGUACUUUAUAUUUGAAAAUUAUGUAUGGGCUUUCUAUUCUUAAAGAAAAUUUCA